AUGGACCUCCAAGUAAAGCAACAAACAAUACAAACCCUAAUACGAAAUCUAAGUUCUGUUUCCGAUCAAACCCGGAUCGCCGCCUUAUGUGAGCUCCGAUUACUCACAAAAAACGACCCACUAAUCCGACCCAUCAUCAUCCAACAAGAUGAAGGUGCUGCUAUCUCUCUUUUGUCAGAAACCCUUUACUCUCCUUCCCGUUUAGCUCAAGAAAACGCUGCUGCUACUCUUCUUAACCUCUCUAUUUCCUGCAAAGAACAGCUUAUUUCUACCCGUGGGUUUCUGGAUUCUAUCGCUUAUUGUCUAUCUGAUCAUCGGAACCAACCACCAGCUGUUGUACAAUCAGCUGCUGCGACGAUUUAUAGCUUAUCGGUUGAGGAGAAUUUUCGGUCGAUAAUUGGAGGGAAAAGGGAGAUUGUGUAUUCUUUGAUUGAUAUUGUGGGUUUUAAAGAUUCUCCUUCAAGGUCUAUCAAAGAUGGGUUAAAAGCUCUAUUUGGGUUGUCUUUGUAUCCGUUAAACCGGCCAUUAUUGGUUGAGUUUGGAGCACUUGAUGCACUUUUUGGUAUCGUGGUAAGAGAUGGAAGAGUUGGAGUGAUUGAAGAUGCAACAGCUGUGAUUGCACAAAUUGCUAAUUGUGCAGAGAGUAUUCAAGCAUUUAGGAAGGUUUCGGGUAUUAGGGUUUUGGUUGAUUUGUUGAAUCCUGAAACGGGUUGGAGUUCAAGGACUAAAGAGAAUGCGGUUUCUGGGUUGUUGAAUUUGGUGAAAAUUGGUGGGGAGGAAGUUGGAAAGGAGAUUAGAUCAGUGGGUUUAGGGUUGAUUUUUGAUGGGUUAGGGGAAGUGGUUGAUUGUGGAUCUGAUAAAGGGAAAAAAAGAGCUCAAGAUUUGAUCAAAAUUCUUGAAGAUGGUUUCAGUUUGAGUCUUAAAGAUGAUAACUUUUCGGGUUCGGGUUCUGAUUUGUAUUAUCAUCCUUCCUUGGAUACUUCUAAUUCGUAUUCAUAUUGA